CUCCAAACUCCGGACAGCUGAGCUAAUAAAUCAUCCGCCUUCGGCUUCCUUCUUCCCCUCUCUCUCUCUCUCUCUCUCCUCACAUCGCCCCUCGAUCCUUUGCAGCCAAGUCAUUGGAGAGGAAGAAACAUAGAGAGACGAAGGAAGCGGGGAGGUGAACAUAGGGCAUGGGGAACUGCAUCGGGUCUUCUUCUACAAGAUCUCCGAGCCCUGCAGAUACCAGUCCAGUACGGUUGGCAUCGAAGACGAGCAGCAGCACGGGGACGACCGGGAAGCUGUCAAGCCUCAGCAGCAGCACCUUUGGGCAGUCCACGGGCAGCGGCGUGAGCGUCGACGAUGUGUUUCCCGAGGGCCGGAUCCUGGAAGCGCCGAACCUUCGCAUCUUUACCUUCGCGGAGCUGAGGAGCGCGACGAGGGGGUUCAAGCCGGAGACUGUUCUCGGAGAAGGUGGGUUCGGGCGGGUGUACAAGGGAUGGGUGGAGGAGAAGACGCUGAACCCUGCUAAAAGCGGGCUGGGGAUCGUGGUCGCCGUGAAGAAGCUGAACCCCGAAAGCAUGCAAGGGUUGGAGGAAUGGCAGUCUGAAGUCAAUUUCCUGGGGAGGCUGUCACAUCCAAACUUAGUGAAGCUAAUGGGAUAUUGCUGGGAGGAUAAGGAGCUCCUCCUCGUCUACGAGUACAUGUCAAAGGGCAGCUUGGAGAACCACCUCUUCCGAAGGGGGGCAGCGUUCGAGCCACUGUCUUGGAGCAUACGGCUGAAGAUAGCCAUCGGAGCAGCUCGAGGCCUCGCCUUCUUGCAUUCUUCGGAUAAGCAAGUCAUCUACCGAGACUUCAAGGCCUCCAACAUCCUCCUCGACGCCAACUACAUUGCCAAGCUCUCUGACUUCGGCCUGGCGAAGCACGGGCCGACCGGCGGCGACUCGCACGUCACCACCCGAGUCAUGGGCACCUACGGCUAUGCUGCUCCAGAGUAUGUUGCGACAGGACAUCUGUACGUGAAGAGCGACGUGUAUGGGUUCGGGGUUGUGCUGCUGGAGAUGCUCUCCGGGCAGCGGGCGCUGGACGCCAACCGCCCGAGCGGGCAGCACAACCUGGUGGAUUGGGCGAGGCCGAUGUUGGCUGACAGGAGGAAGCUGGCGCGGCUGAUGGACCCGCGGCUGGAGGGGCAGUACUCCUCAAAGGGGGCGCUCCAGGCGGCUCAGCUCACUCUGAGCUGCCUCGCUGGCGAUCCCAAGAGCCGGCCGUCCAUGAAAGUGGUGGUGGAGACGCUCGAGCGCAUCGAAGCAAUAAAGGGGAGGUCAAGGGAGGCGCGCGAUGCCUCCUCGCAGCCGGCGGUGGCUCGCAGCCGCGGCCACACUCCGGUGCACGGUCGCUCGCCGCUGCACCCGUGGCACGAGAAUGGCGGGCCGGGCAUCGCUGUCGCCACUCACCAACCACACCGAGCAAGUUGAUGAUGAUGAUGAUGAUGAUGAUGCGUGGAUGGCAGCACUGCGCUUGUAAAGAGUGGUCACGUUUUUGUAUGUUGUAAUUUUGAUUGUUUGGGGGGCGUUCAUCAUCAAAUCAAAAAGUGUUGUGCUCUCUGACGCAUUCAUAGUAACGAAUAUGUGGGAUUGUGGAACCAGCGCGCACCGAAUUGGUGGUGUUCCUAUUCCUUUUGGAUGUCCGAUGGUUCAACAUUUGCUUGUUUAGUCUUGGAAGGUCUCCACACUGUCUCACGUGUAACUAUCAAUAUCUACAGCGAUUGCUGGAAGUAGAAUUUCAAUUUUAAUCUAUUUUGGAAGUAAA